AUGGGUAAAGAAAAAAUUCAUGUUAGUAUUGUUGUUAUUGGUCAUGUUGAUUCUGGAAAAUCAACAUCAACUGGACACUUGAUCUACAAAUGUGGCGGUAUUGAUAAACGAACAAUUGAAAAAUAUGAAAAAGAGGCAGCUGAAAUAGGUAGAGUUUCAUUCAAAUACGCAUGGGUAUUAGAUAAACUGAAAGCUGAACGAGAACGCGGUAUUACAAUUGAUAUUUCGCUAUGGAAAUUUGAAACACAAAAAUAUUCCAUCACAAUUAUCGAUGCUCCAGGACAUCGGGAUUUUAUCAAAAAUAUGAUUACAGGAACAUCUCAAGUAAGUUUACAGGCUAUAAACACCAAGAGGGAAAAGUUCUUUAAUAGCUCCUAACUCAAGUAGAUUCACGUUCACAUAACUUACGGAACAAAAAUUGUGUUGUUGGUCUUAAAGAUGUGGAUAGUUAGCUGCGAUUUAGUUAACAGAUUAUUUUAAAGUGACGAAUUUUAUAGUCUUUUACCGAUAACAUCUAAGAAUUGCAUUUCUCCUCAUGUCCGAACCAAAUAUUGGCUGAAAGUUAGUAGCUGAAAUCAGGCAUUUGCUUUUAACGUCUGCUGUUGUUUUAUUUCGCAAAUAAGUCCAUCGGCUCCAAUCAAGUAAACAAGAGAUUGAUUCAUUUUCUAUUAAGUUCCGAAAACACAGAAAGUAACAUAUGGAUUCAGCCGAAUGACUAAUUAGAGCCUAUAUACGCACCCAUCACCAGUAUAGCGGUUCCAAGAAAAAUCUUUAACAAAAACAUUGACGUGUAGAUUGAUCAUUCCAUGGUUUUGUUUACAUGAAAUAUUUCAGAAGAGGCUAUUAGUACCAGCAAAAAUACCUGGCGUUCUUAAAGUGAAUACGAUUUUUGUUGAUAGAUUUUACUUAGGUAAUCUCCUCUGAUGAGCUGUAUGGCGUGCUCUGAGCAACACCGUUAAUCCCUACCGAAAAAUCUACAACUACAAAAAUUGUGAAUCAUCCUGAAA